UUACGUACAAGUUGGGGUGUGUUAAAGAACUCUGUUGUUUGUUAUGCCGUGGCUGCUGUUGAACUAGUUCAGAGAUAUUGCAAUCUUCAGGUUGCUACUGCAGUAUGGUUAGACUCGGGAGUGUUCAGUCCGGUUGAAUGUAAGCUUUACUCGAACCAUACAUUCUAUCUUUUGGGUUUCAAGCUCAGUUACGUUCUGUCGAUAGGUUACUGUCUGCGGAGUUUUGGUUUUCUUUCUUGGAGAAAAAGGAACCCUGUGAAUUGGGUUCUAUAUCUCUAUGUUUUUGGGUUUGUUUUUAUCAAGUAGAAGCAUUUUUGUCAGAGCCCUGCAUCUUGGUAAGCAGUUCCCACGCCCUGGUGUUGAAGACAUUAUCUUUAAGGCUGUCUGUGUUAAUAUAAGGCAGAAAAAAUGGAAGUUCUUGGACCAACUUCAUUCAAGUAUGACAGAUUCUUUGCUUUAUCGUGUUUUUCAAGAGUUCCGUGCCUCGCCAGGGAUUCUUUUAGAGAUUUACAGGAGAAUUGGAGGGCAGGAAGCCAUUUUGGAUUCUUUAGAGUCAUGCUGUCUUCUGAUUCAUGUGAUGGUUAGUCAGAGGAACUACGAGGAAGCAUUGUUGUUGCUGAAAGAAUUGAUGACAUCCAAAGGUUGUCUGCCAUUGGAAGUUUUGGAAGCAUUGAUUAAAAGCAGCUCCAAUGUGUAUUCUCCAAGUAGCAUCGAUGUUUUUGAUGCACUGAUAAGAUCUUGCACUCAAAUAGGGGCAACUGAAGCUGCACAUGAGGUGCUGAAGAAACUGAGGAUGAAAAACUACUCGGCUUCGAUUCAUGCGUGGAACAAUUUUCUCAACCAUCUUCUGAAGAUCGGCGAGGUUGGUAGGUUUUGGAUUGUGUAUGGAGACUUAGUAUCGUAUGGAUAUUAUGAGAAUGUGAAUACUUUUAAUCUGUUAAUUUAUGCUCUUUGCAAAGAAUGUAAAUUAGCCGAAGCUUUCUCAAUGUUCUACAAAAUGUUGAAGAUGGGGAUUUUUCCUAAUGUGGUUGGCUUCAAUAUGCUUGUAGAUGGAGCUUGCAGAUCAGAUGCCCUCGAUUUAGCGGUUACUCUGGUUAGAAAGAUGGGAAGUAUGUCCGGGGGCUAUGUAUCCCCAAAUGUGAUUACUUACAACUGUCUCAUAAACGGGUACUGCAAGAAUGGGAAGCCGGGGCUUGCAGAAGUAAUUCUAGACGAAAUGAUUGAGAUGGGCGUGAAGCCGAAUGUAAGGACGUAUGCUACGUUGGUUGAUGGAUAUUCAAGAAAUGGGUGUGUAGAGGAGGCAUUUAGGCUUUGUAAUGACAUGGUUGAAAGAGGGUUAGUUCCUGAUUCGACAGUUUAUAACACUCUUAUGCACUGGCUGUACAUGGAACCGGAUAUCGGUGGAGCUUCAUUACUGUUAUCCGAUAUGAUGGAAAAUAGCGUGGCUGCAGAUCGAUUCACUUAUGCUAUCAUUGUCGAAGGAUUGUGCAGGAAUGGCCGCAUAAACGAGGCUCUAAAACUUCACAAGUGGAUUGUAGAAAAGAAACUUGUUGAAGAUUCUUCCCUACACAAUAUCUUCAUCAAAUACCUUUGGAGAAGAAACGAUAUAUCUGGAGCCGAACAGAUGCUGUGCAGCAUGUUUAUUCGUGGAUUAGUCCCUGACGAGGUCACCUACGGCACCAUGAUCUCUGGAUGCUGCAAAACGGGCAGAAUGAGAAGUGCAAUUGAGGUUUACACCGACAUGGUUAAGGUGGGGAAGAAUCCGAACCUGGUGAUCUUCAAUUCCUUCUUGGAUGGACUAUGCAAAGAGGGGUCUGUCGGUUGUUCUGAGUCUUUGGCAGGCGAGAUGAAGCGAAUUAACAUGUACGAUGCUAUCACCUACAACACUUUGCUGAAUGGUUAUUGCACUGCUGGGAAGAUCGACGAGGCAUUUGAUCUGUUCAUUCGUAUGUGUAAAGUAGGUCUAUCGAACAAGGUCACAUUUAAUACCAUGAUUAACUUCUUCUGCAAAGUUGGAUUAUUUGAGCAAGCUAAAGAACUUCUGGGAGUCAUUCUAUCCCGGGGCUUGACCCCGGAUUCUAUUGCCUACUCUAUCCUACUGAGGAACUUGAGUAAGAGGAGCAGUUGUGAGGAAGUUGUCGAGGCGCACGACUACCUGGUAAUCCACGGGGUGACACCGGAUUGCCCGACAUAUGAAGCCAUUGUUAGUCCAGCUUUAAAUGAGGCAUUUCCUGAGGAAUUUUAGAGUGAAUAGUGUAAGAGUGAAUAGAGUCAUCCUUUCUGAUUCAUGUAAAGAUUGUCUUUUUACAAGAAAAUUUUACAUUUCAGUUACCAUCUGCUCACUGAUUGCAAUAGACGAAUGGAUACAGAUUACAGACUGCAGAUAUUUUCAAUUGUAGAUAAUAGAGUCAAUAUGCUAGAGAAGGCUAAUCUUUUUGGCAAUAUUUGGAAAAGAAGAUAUUCUGUUUCUAUAUGCUCUGUCUAUAUAAUCUUAAAGUGGGUCUGUCAAAUACUUUCUAACUAGAGAUUUUGUAUAUUGAAGUCAAGUAUGCCAGCAUAUAAUCAAAAAUACUAUAAU